AUGGCCGGGUGGAUCGCACUGGGCUCUUCUUCAGAAGAUCCGGGAGCUGUGAAGCUGAGCCCGCCCGAGGUCAGCGCCACGGCGGACAGGAGCGACUGCUUCCGCGUGGCGUGGCGGCAGCCCAACGAGGAGCUGCUGCGUGUGACGGACGCGCGGUAUGAGAUCCGGUACCGCGACGUGGACGGGGCAUCCUGGACGCAGGUGGAUGUCACAGCCGCAGAGAACGCGCCCGCAUCGAAGGACGUCUGUGGCGUCUCGCCGUUCACCAGCUACUCUAUCCAGGUGCGAGCGCUGUACCGGAGCGACACCUUCCCCUGGAGCGACGGGGGCCCCUCCUGGAGCGCCUGGAGCCACGAGCGAUUUGUGAGGACUCUGCCCACGGCCCCGUCCAGAGGGCCGGCUCUUUGGAGGAAAAUAGCCACGCCCGACUCUGACGGGAGGAGUGAGAUCAUUCUGAUGUGGAAGCCCCUGCAGCCAAAGGAAGCCAACGGCAGGAUCCUGACCUACAGUCUCCGCUGGCAGCGAAGGGGGCAGCCGGCUGUCCUGCUGGCAUGCCUCACCCGCUCCCUGCAGUGCGCUCUGGAGCUGCCGGCCUCCGAGGAACACACCUUCUUCCUCACCGCCAGCAAUUCUGUGGGCGAGUCCCCCGCUAGCAAGCUGUUGAUCCCAGCGGUGCAAGCCCAAGCAGUGCCGCCGCUGCUGCCACUCCUGGUCUCUCCGGCGAGCGACCGCAGCCUCCUCCUGCAGUGGGAUCCCCCUGGCUUCGCCGCAGCAGCCUAUGUCUUCGAGUGGGGCCGGGUGUCUGAGAACCGGGGACAGAACAGCAGCUGGUGCUAUGAGCUGGGGAACAUCAGCAGGGCGGUCCUGGCAGAGGCAAUUGAGCCGGGGUAUCUCUACAGCCUGACGCUCUUUGCCCUGAGCGACGGAGCCGUCCGGGCUGCAGGCUCUACAAGCGCUUACUCCAAGCAGAUCGCUCCAUUCCGUGCCCCAACUCUGCAUCCCACCCGUGUCUGGCCAUCCCAGGUGGAGGUGCAGUGGGAGGAGAUCCCAUUGGAGGAGCAAGGCGGCUUCAUCCGGAACUACACCAUCUCCUACGAGGAGCAGGGAAAAGACGCCCAGGCCGUGGUGGUGAACGGCUCCGUCCGUCGCUAUCUCAUCGCGGGCCUGGCUCCUGACUCCGUGGUGAGGGUGGGCAUCUCCAUCAGCAACGACGGGGGAAGCACGCAGGGCUCUGUCCUCUCCAUCAGAACCAGAAGCCUUGACGAUGGGAAGGUCGAACUGUUGCUGUCCUCCCUGUGCGUGGGGCUAGUCGUCCUGCUCAUCACGGCCGCUCUGGCCUGCGUCCUCAAGCACCCCCUAAUACAGGGCUGCCUGUGGCCGCAAGUCCCCGACCCUGCUAAAAGCCACCUGGCUAGCUGGCUGCCACAGAAAAUAUGGCUGGACUUGGGGAACUUCCCAGUGGAGCAGAGCAAGGAGCAGAGAGUGGGGUAUCCUGACUUCCCGUUCCGGGGGGUCUCGGGAAUCAUCUGUGGCCAGCAGGAGGAGAUGAUGAUGUGCAAGUCCUUCCUGGAAAGCACCUGGGCAGCAGAGGUCUCUAGCGCUGGAGAUAAAUACAGGCAGCCUCUCCAGACCAUCUUCCUCCAGGGAGACGUGACCACCCCAGACCAUUCCCAGGCAAGACGCCAAAGCAAGGUGGAAUAUUCCACAGUGAUCGUCUGGGCAUAUCCCGGUGAUGCACCACCAAGCUCUACUGCUCCCUGGCCCCAACCUACCCCUCAGAGCCCAGAGAGCUCUGGUCCCAGCCGGGAGCCUGGCUGGAGGAUCUGCUUCCAAAGCCCAUCCUGUGAGCCCCUGGAUGGGUCAUGCUGGCGAUGCAGCCAACAGCUGGAUGGAGGGCCCGCUUCCUUGGGGGCAUUUCCGCUCCUGAGGACCCUGGUUGUGGAGGGAUCUGGAGACCUCCAGCCUAACGGAGAUCACCCUGCGGGCGCGCUCAGCUCAGUGACGCCCUAACGGCCUCUUGGAGAGAGACCUCCUCUCCCGGGGCAUGCGUCCGAAUGAGGGAGGGCAAUAAGGAGUCUCACCCCACCAGGCAGAGGGGUGGGACGUCAAGCAGAGCCCAGUUCCCCUGGGGGUGGGAGUGAGAGCCCUGCUGGUAAAAACACAGCCUUAAUGAUACCGGGGAAGGAGCCAUGUUGGCCUGGAUCUCCAGGCAAUAGUCACGGGCGCAGGGAGGCGUUCCUCUUCCCCUGCCUCUGCCGGCAUUUCCCCGUGCUUAGCCAGCCCGGGCCAAUCCUUUCCCGCUAGUGCAGCCUGCUGAUCCGUGUGUGUCGUGUCGCUCUCUGUGCCUGAGCCUCGGCCGAGCUGAGCGUCUCCCAGGCCCUGGCUACGGAGCCUGGGUCCUGCUCUGGAGAGUCACGCUCAGUGACGUCAAGCGAGACAGCGACCGUCCAGCUAGCAAGUCCUGCCAGUGUGUUUAGAGGCCUCCCGUCCCUCUUGCUACAUGCUACAAGCUCUACAAGUUCGGCAACACAGAACACGGUGAGCGCCCCUGGAGGGCCUACAAACUAUUUAAAGGGAUACGCCUCUAUUUCUAUACAUUCCCUGUCUUCAAUAACCCGCAAUCAAUUGAACUGCCAGCGCUUUGCUUGGAAGCCCAGCCAACCUCACUGGCGGGGAGCAUUUGCUGACCGGCGCAGGAUUAAACUGGACUCCUUUAUGGAGCUUUUGCGCCGAAUUUCUCGUGAGCUUUGCUAUUUGUGGGUGCUUACGACUUACUGACUCCCCCCAGCCCCAGGGGUGCAGUCUGCAUUUAAAACCGAGUGCGCAUCGUGCAGAUACGUGCUAUGGAACAAUUAAGCCGUGCAUGUUUGCUGCUCUGUGUUAUGUCUGGUUUGGAUGGGGAUUGGAUUGUGUUUUAUUGUAACUGUUUGCUCAGCACCAAAAUCUUUGGCGGGGGUGGGCACGUGUACUAAUUUUA